AUGGCCAUAGUACGUAACGGGAACCUAUUCUGUGGAGGCAUUUUAAUUAAAGAUGACUGGGUUCUAACUGCCGCCCAUUGUGUUUUAUUCCUUAGGAUAGCAAAUAUCACUACAGUAACUCUUGGCGCUCACUCAAUGAAAGAAAAUGAAUCUGAGAAGCAGAAGAUGAAAGUUAUCAGACUCUUUGCAUACAAGACGUAUAACUCCACAACAAAACAAAAUGAUAUUCAACUUUUGCAGUUAUCCAAGAAGGCAACACUUGGAGAUGCUGUCAACAUCAUUCCGUUACCAGAGACAUUUGAAGACAUUCCAGAAGGUACAAUAUGUAGGAUAGCUGGAUGGGGAAGAACUGAAUCAGGCAACCAUUCCGACACACUAAAAGAAGCCAAUAUCACAAUACUAGAUAGAGAAAAAUGCAUUAAAGACUGGAGACACAAAUAUUUCAUUACAGCAGAUAUGAUUUGCACUAAUGUGGGUUCUGACAGACAAGACACUUGCAAGGUAAGAGUAACAUCCUUUUUUUGUGUCCUCUCAGAACAAUUUGCCUCCAGUGCUGUUGUUUCUUUAUCCACUUCUCCUUUGGAGCAAUGGUUUCAUUUUUUAUAUACAUGGUAA